AGGUGUCCCCAUCAGAGUCCCUCUUACAUCAGGUGUCCCAUCAGAGUCUCCCUUACAUCAGCUGUCUCCAUCAGAGUCCCCCUUACAUCAGGUGUCCCCAUCAGAGUCCCCUCGUACAUCAGGUGUCCCCAUCAGAGAGCCCCUUACAUCAAGUGUCCCCAUCAGAGUGCCCCCUUACAUCAGGUGUCCCCAUCAGAGUCCUCCUUACAUCAGGUGUCCCCAUCAGAGUCCUCCUUACAUCAGGUGUCCCCAUCAGAGUCCCCCUUACAUCAGGUGUCCCCAUCAGAGAGCCCCCUUACAUCAGAGUCCUCCUUACAUCAGGUGUCCCCAUCAGAGUCCCCCUUACAUCAGGUGUCCCCAUCAGAGAGCCCCCUUACAUCAGGUGUCCCCAUCAGAGAGCCCCCUUACAUCAGGUGUCCCCAUCAGAGUCCCCCU